CUCUUAGCCCCACUUUUACGUGUGUUUGUGUGUUGUUCGGCCGUCGUUCAGUGAGUGAGUGAUCUAGGAAAGACAUUACUCAACAUUAAAACGAUUCUGUUAGCAAAAGAAGUAUAAAGAUGCCAUUUCUAUUUUUGUGAGGUAUUAAGUUGAAUCUGUGGCCACUGGAAGGACAAUGAAAGAAAUCUGCCUGUGGAGGAUAAUACAAUUGACUCAUACUAAACACUUGUAGCAUCAGACAGCUACAGCUGUAAGAUGUAACGCUCAAUCCCAAGUCUAGUCAAUCCCGGUGAAUUCUAUCUGUGUAUACUCUAUGCAUUACUUGUUUCAUUUAAAAUAACUGUUUCAAGUUUUUUGGGUCUCGUUCUGUGUUCAACUUUUUAAACUGAGUUCCUGCCUACAUGUUCAGCCCCGUGAAGUAUUUUACUAUUUUUGGUUGUACAACUUGUUCAGCCCGGUGAAGUAUUUUACUAUAUUUGGUUGUACAACUAGUUCAGCCCUGUGAAGUAUUUUACUAUAUUUGGUUGUACAACUAGUUCAGCCCUGUGAAGUAUUUUACUAUUUUUGGUUGUACAACUAGUUCAGCCCGGUGAAAUUGUGUUGAAGAUUAUUGUUGCUACACCCGGUUCCAUAUUUUGUAAUUUCCCUGUGAGACCCCAGUGGGUACCAGAAGUUCUAGAACCAACCAAUCAACUGCCUUACAUUGUUUUUAUCAACAUUCCUUCUUAAAACUACACAAAACCUACUACAUUUGAAUGAAAAAGAGUUGAAACCAGUCACUACUAGUCAAAAGCUGUCCACUCAAAGAUUUCUGAAAUGAUGGAAAAUUUACUCACCAUCUCUUCUCCAACAAUAGAUACAGACAGGGCCUCACCUGUCACUGAAGCAGAAUUUGACGGCGAGACUGUCCUAUGCCGUGUGUGCGGUGACCGUGCCAGCGGCUUCCACUAUGGCGUCCACGCUUGUGAAGGCUGUAAGGGGUUUUUCCGUAGGUCUAUCCAACAAAAGAUACAGUACCGCCCCUGCCUGAAGAACCAGCAGUGCAAUAUCCAACGUGUCAACAGAAAUAGGUGUCAGUACUGUCGGCUCAAGAAAUGUAUAUCAGUGGGGAUGUCCAGAGAUGCUGUCAGAUUUGGUCGUGUCCCCAAGAAAGAGAAGGCGCGCAUCAUUGAGCAGAUGCAGAAGAAAAGUCUGGCAUCACAGACCAGUGAACUGAAUUCUCUGCUGGCCAAUGAUGUUGAUGUCGUCCAUGCAGUGGUCACCUCACACAGACAGACAUGUGACAUGACACAUCUCCGCGCCCUCCAGAUGAGGGAACAGGCCCUGGUCAACAAGGAGUUUGUCAACUGUCCAGCCAACAUGGCCUGUCCACUCAACAAUGAGCUAGGCAUGGACGCCAAUGCCAACAGAAAUAAUUUGACCGACUUCUCUGAGAGUUUUACCCCAGCAAUAAAGUCAGUUGUAGACUUUGCCAAGGGCAUACCUGGCUUUGUGCUGCUCAACCAGGAUGAUCAGGUCACCCUACUCAAGGCUGGCACAUUUGAAGUGUUGCUGGUACGCCUGGCUUGUUUGUUUGACCCCAGUACAAGUACUAUGAUGUUCACUGGGGGAAAGCUUUACAAAAGGCAGCAGUCAACGGUGACAAGUAAUGUUGGCUUCCUGCUAGACUCCAUGUUUGACUUUGCUGAAAGGUUCAACAGGAUGCUGCUCAAUGAUGAUGAGAUUGCCAUGUUUUCUGCUGUGGUCCUCAUGUCACCAGAUCGUCCAGGUCUCCGUAACCUAGAUCAAGUAGAGCGCAUACAGAGCAAGUUAACUGAAGCCUUACAAAAUCUCAUCAACACCAGCCACAAGGAAGAUUCAACACUCUUUGCCAAACUUCUCAUGAAAACCACAGACCUUAGGACACUCAACACCCUGCAUUCAGAGAAAUCUAUUGCUGGACAGAGAUCAAACCAGGACAGGCGAGAGUCACGCCACAAUGCUGAAGAUUCUGAUAUGGAUUUCCAAGACUCCCUUAGCACCAGAUCUGGCAGAUCCUCACCCACAUUGUCUGAAAGCUCCAUCAUGACCAUGACCUCUGGCUACAGUGGUGAGACAGACAGCAACAACCUGGUGGUUGGUCAGCGAAUGGCACUGGACCCAUUUGGUCAUCAGCAGGUUGUGCUGCGUACUCCAUAUGGGACAUUUUUCCGUGAGGAGCCAUCAGGUUUUUAUGGCAUGAUGACAGACCAGCCCCGGCGCAGGUGUAACACGCUAGAUCGGGACACGCUAACACGGCCUCGUCUACACACCAUUGAGGAGGGAAACCGUAGGCGCUACACGUUAGACAAGGACUACAUCAACAAGAUGGUCCACAGACUGAGUGACAGACUUGAGACAAGAAACGCUGCCCGAGGGGACUCAGUGCCAGCCUCCAUAUCCAACUCAGCUGCCAGCUCCCCCAUACAAGAGGAGGGGGGCCACAUGUACCCCGGUACCCCCCACACGGGCUUUACACCAAUAGCUGAGCCAGAUGGCAGCCUCCAGCCCAGGACAAGCCCUCUAGCUGGCUGUGAUGCCAUUUUAGCUGCUGCAAGGGCUGGCUCUUCGCCUGGCUCGCCAAAAUCUAGGUCAAGGUCAGGUUCACUGACCCAAGAUGAUUAUGCAAACAUGCGCCCGCGCUGUUACAGUUUCCACAUCAACAGUGAUGGCAGAGCUGCCCGCAUGCCACAACAUCGCCUGGUGACAGGUGAGGACAAGCCAGGUGAGGCUGGUCAGUACCUGAGUCCAGACAUGAGGCGGGGAAGUGUGGGGGCUGCCUACGGUCUAUACAACAGGAAGCAGUCACUGCUGGUUGACCGUCCACUGUCAUACGUCAGGGGAGUGUCAGAUAUGGACAGCAGACACAGCCUUCCUGUCCUAGAGCACCACCUACCUGAUGGCUCCAUCUAUGGCAUGCAACUGACCCCUGAGAUGGCAGCACAGCACCCUACCAUGUGGCACCAGGCUGUUGGCAUGUCACUGCCAGCGUUACAGAGGUCUGAGAGAACAGCUGGACCCAGAGAGUGGGACCUACAGGACCUAACUAAGGCCAGGGACUUUCAGCAGAGGGAGCUAGCCAAUAGACACGCCAUGAAAGGCUCCUCCAGUACCACGCUGGGCUCAGCUGAUGUGGCUCCAAUGGAAGCACACAAACCUGAGCCACACACGGGAGCCACCAAGUGUGAGAAACAGAACAAUGGCUCAAUGCUUGGCUCUCAUUCACCACUUCUCACUAUAUCUGCCGGCAUUAAAAUGGCCUUGAACUCUGGUCAUUUGAACCCUGGAUUUAUGAGCAACUCUCCUAAAGCCCCUUCACUGGAUUGCAGCAGUCUGUACGGGGACACGCCCACUGCAGGCAGGUCCAAGGCCUCCAGCCCCCAGACCAACCCCAGCUCCAAAAGCACAUCAGAGAGAAGCUCCCCCCUCAAUGAUGAAAUGGCGGCCACAGAAAGCUUUGGCCACAAGAAGUUUGACCGUCUGAGGAAAGAGAAAGGGCACCAGGAGAUGGGUGGAGCAGAGGAGCACGUGUCAGGCAUCAAGGUGGAGAGGAUGGAUCAGGAGGACAUGCUGGUGGAGCUGAAGGUGGAGGUGAGCGGCCUCAAGUCUGAAAGAAAGUCUCCCUACAUAGACAGCCUCUCCCCCUCCCCUAACAGUGAACGUCCUAAACUCGCUAAAGAAGCUCAUCCCAACCUGCUGGCCCAGCUGACCAAUGGGGGCAGCAAGCAGGCCUCCCCCAGGGGGGCAGCUACCUCGAGCCCUGGCUACACGUGGGCAGGUCAACUGGUCAAUGCUGCACCCUCUCAACACUUCAAACAUCCGCACUACCCGCAUCCAUCCUUAGCUGGAUUACAUAAUGUUGGCAGCCAGUCUGGCAACUUCCAAGCUCCCCUGGCCAUGCAACAGCUGGCAGGUCAGGUCAGCUGUGAGCAGAGGUCCUCUGGCUGUGAGCAGAGGUCCUCUGGCUGUGAGCAGAGGUCCUCCAACAGCAAGGAAGAGUUUCAUGCAGCUGCUGUCUCCCACCUCAAAGACAAGCUGCUGCGCAAGUACGACAGCAUGGAGAACCUCAGCAAGGUGGGCAAAGACUCCCAGGACGUGCCCCAGAGGCUGGGCAGCAACUCCCAGGACGUGCCCCAGAGGCUGGGCAGCAACUCCCAGGACGUGCCCCAGAGGCUGGGCAGCAACUCCCAGGACGUGCCCCAGAGGCUGGGCAGCAACUCCCAGGACGUGCCCCAGAGGCUGGGCAGCAACUCCCCCACCACCAGCUCCUGCACUGCAGAUCUAAACAAAGAGCUGGCCACCAAACUGACCCUCAACGCUUCCAGAACUUUCCCGCAUUCACUCAGUGCUGAUGCCCUGGCCUGCCCCUUCUCUGCCCAUCAGCCCCCAUCCCAUCUACAUAAUUCUCCGCAUUCAGGGGUGUUCCUGCCCCCCAGCACCCCCCACCAGGGGUCUCAGUUGAACCUGAUGUUGUCUCAGACUGGUGAAGCUGAAUAUCAUUCCAUGCUGCGCAACUUGAGGAACAACAACCUCCACCACAAUCCUCCAACCUUUACGGCUGGCCACAGCAGAACCACAUGUACUGAGAGGAAAUUUGACCAUGGGCUACCAUUGAACCUGACCUCCAGAGUUGAAGAUGGACGCUGCAUGGUUGGGUCAUCCUCCCCAUCAAACAGUCCUCAGAUGCCUGCCUAAAGGUCACCAGGUCACCAGGUCUAGAGAUCCAGGACUUCAACACUAAA